ACCAUGUGACUGCGGGGUAUCAGGAGAGAUUAGUGGAUAGGUAGGAGUGUGUCUAUUACUGUCUGGGUAGAUUGCUGUCUCUCGGUCGUCGAGACUGACCUGAUUUGAACCGCCGUUCCCCCCGACCCGGUGAUACCUUAGACUUUACAACACAUCAUCAGUUGCUUGGGGACCUGCAAUGGCACUGCUUCCACAAGUGGAGACAGAACACUUUGACGGGCUAUCACUCCUCUACUGGACAAUAAUGGGGCCCCAUGGCAUCAACCGUGCUGUGGAGAGACUAGAGUUUACAGACUGCAAAAAAGGACUUGGCGUGAAGAUUAUUGGGGGCUACAGGGAACAGAGCGGUGAAGAGUUCGGUAUUUUCAUUAAACGAAUUUUGCCAGGUGGCAUGGCGGCACAGGACGGGCGUCUUAGAGCAGGGGACCUCAUUUUAGAUGUCAACAACAUGAAUUUAGGAGGUGUUACAAAUGAAAAGGCAGUGGAGGUUCUUCGCAUGGUGUCAGCUACAAAUCACAUGUCUUUACUGAUAGUACGUGACGACGCUUCCAGGAGGGAAUUUGCUGAGUUAAUGGAAAAAUAUGGCUCCAGCAAUAGUACCAGUUCUGGAUCAGACACCUCUGUUUCCACAGGAAAGAUCACCGAUACUGCCUCCUCCUCCUCAUCUUCCAGAUCAACCAGUCCUCUGCUUCUGAGCCCUAAAGACCCAAACACAGUAUACACCACUGCCUGCAUUACCUCCCCACCUCCACAAGUCUGCACAGACUGUAUGAUUCAGUUGAUAUGUGUUGCCAAAGGGACUGGAUUAGGCUUGGUCAUCAGGGGUGGAGCUAACCGUGCAGAGGGGCCAAUGGUGUACGUUCAGGAAAUAAUACAAGGAGGUGAUUGCCAAAAGGAUGGGAGACUAAAGGCUGGGGACCAGCUCAUAUCCAUCAAUAAGGAGUCCCUCAUUGGAGUAACACAUGAAGAAGCCAAAACCAUACUCACUCGAACAAAACUCAGACCAGACCCUACAGUAGAAAUAGCAUUUAUCAGACGAAGGUCUUCGUCAGGCUCCAGCAGUGGACCCCACAGCCCCAUCUCCCUUCAGCCUCCCUGCAGUAAAGCCCCCCAACUUAGGCCCGCUGGACUGGGGGGAGCAACUCUGCCUGGAGGUCUAGUUCCUAAAAUAGCCAACACCCCCAACUCUGGAAGUGAGACAUUGCCUUCUGUAGAACUUACUAAGGUACGACCAGCAACAGCAAAGCCUAAUCUCACCCCCGUGUCCUCACCUGAGAGUGCCUGCACCACAGUGGCCAACUGUGAUGCAACCGCUGCCUGUAAUCCCAGCACCUGCAGACCCUCGAAACCUCUAUCCUCGACUCCCAUCUUCGAACUCAAGCCCGAGAAAAUAGAGCAGGCACUGGAGGUGCUGGGAUCGAAGCCUACUGAGUCUCAGGUCCUGACUCUGAGAGAAAGGCUGCGUUUGAACCCAGGAGGGACAGUGGCUUAUGGAGAUUUUGAGAGAGUGACAAAGGAACUCUUCAAACUACCAGCCAAAUCUGACUCAGAACAGGAAGUAGCAAGAUUGACAUCAGAUGAUCUCAUUGAGUCUCCAUCAAACCCUACGCCAUCAUUAUCAGACUCUGAUGAUCUGGAUGAGAUGGAGCGACUAAGAAAAGACCACAUUGAGGCCUUGAGAGAGCUCAAGAGAAUGCAGGAUAAGCUGGCAGAAUCCGAGAGCCUUAAUCAUAAGAUGCUGCAGGAACUGACAAAAGUUAAACAGGAAGCAAAAUCUGCAAUGGAGGAGAGUCGAUCCCUGCGGACCCGGAUCCAUCUGGCAGAGGCAGCUCAGAAACAGGCCCGGGGAAUGGAGAUGGACUACGAGGAGGUUAUCCAUCUCCUGGAGGCUGAGAUAGCUGAAAUGAAGUCUCAGAAAACUGAGCAACCCGGCCGUGGAAAGGAUGAUAUGCAAGAUCUGAAAAAAAGGAUUUCUGUACUCGAAUGCCAGCUACGGAAGAGUGAAACUGCAAAGAAGGGUUUUGAAGUCUCCACGGGUAAACUUCUACAGUUUGUGGAGGCUGUCCAAGGCUUUUUGUCUGAAAACCAAAGCGGUUCAAGAGGCUAUAGUUCUCCCAGCGAUCCAAAGUUGGCCAAUCUGUCUCAGACCUCGCCAUCUCGAGGUGGGAAGAAACCACCCUGGACAGCAUCUGUUCUUGCUGUGGAAGCUAAAGAACUAACUAAUACUGUCAGAGGCAUUCUAGAGCUGGACUGUUUACCUUUUGGCUGGGAUGAGGCGUACACUGCAGAUGGAGUGAAGUACUAUGUAAAUCAUGUAACUCAGACAACAUCAUGGACUCAUCCUGUCAUGAGAUCUUUGGGUCUGUCAGAACCAGAAGCAAGUGACCAAACCCUGAACUCUCCAGAAUCCACAGCCUAGACUAAUUCCGAAGACUGUGUGCACUCUUCUGCCACUUUCUGCCCAACUGUUCGGUAAAAAAAAAGAAAAGCAACACAGCAGCAUAUAAACAUUAAGGGAUAUGUGCAUUAUAAAAAAGACAAUCAGAAAAAAAAUCUCAUUCGUUAAAUGAAAAUCUAUACACUCUCAGGAAAAGGUACCAAACUGUCACUGGGCCGGAUGCCUUUCAAGAGUACUAAUAUGUACACUUUAUGUACUAAUAUGUACCUUUAUGGUACUAAUA